AUGUACACCAGAAACCUUGUCACGCUGGUCCUCCUGGCACUCUGCGCCCUCUGCUCCCUCUCCUCCGUCUUUGCCAAACCACCACCCCCACCCUCAAACCUGAUCACCGUCACCUCUCCUGUCUUCGACAGCGUCUACAAGGUCGGCAAAAAGAUCACCGUCAAGGUCAAGCUCACCGGCGGCGUCCACAACGUCCUCUACAAAGAUAACACCCCCAUCGAUAUCAUCAUUCAAAAGUCGAUCCCCAUGCCCAACCUGAACGUCAAGAUUGCCACUGUCCCCGCCAGGGUCUUGGCAGAUAAAGGGUUCAAGUUUGUGGCCAAGAAGGAGUAUAUUAUUCCAACGCAAACCGGUAUCAGGUGGAGGAUUCGUGUGAGUUUUGAUCACUCUCCCCAGUCCGGGUACUCUGACUCGGCUGGGUUCUUUAUCGUCAAGUAA